AUUAGAUGACAUUAAAUGCUAGAAUAGAACCCAUGAUCAAAGGCACUGCUGUCAAUAAAUUCGAUAGCAAUUUUCUAACAGGCUACAUUUUUAAUAUUUUUUUACAAGCUUUUAUUUAACUUGCUUUUUUUUUGACACUAAUAUGAAAACUUUAUUGAUCAAAAUGAUCAAUUUAUACUAACAUGAAAAUACAAAUGCAAUCCGCCACAUGCUUCGUCAUGUAAUCCCAUUAUGUGUAAUCCGCACAAUUUAACUGCUGCUUAGUUGUACUUGCUUAAUUGUUAGUACCUACCUAUGUUAGUGUGGGUCAAAUCUUGGAAGCUUAAUUCGACCCACUUCCCGAUUUCCGAUAGAGCUGAAAUUUUUCAUUGAUAUGUAAAUCGGAUGACAGUGCCAUAUUAUUAUGACAUGGAGCUGAUCUGAUGAUGGAGACCGGAGGUAACCAUGGGAACUCUGAUAGAACAACGCAAAAUAAUUGUGUUUGGGGUUGUUAGAAUUGUCUCGAUGAGUAUUAGUUGGGGUAUUAUUGGGGACUACGUUUGUAUGGAGAAGCAGUCGUCCCCUUUCGUCUUAUAGGUUUAAAAUGCUCAUUUCCACAUGAUCUAAAUGUGGGUUGGUUGACCUCUCCAAAGACGGAUAGAUAGGUAGGUGUAGGUGCACGACUGUGAAGUUGCAAUGACUGACCACAAACCGCGAUAGGGUCCGGCGAUUACAUCGUCGUCACGCUCAGAAGCCGAACCGUUUCUCGUAGCUGUGCCCUUUUCCCAACGCCUACCGACUCAGCGCGUCCAGUGUAAUUCUGACUCCCGAUUAAGCGGUGCAUGGUAUGACCUCGGUUAUAAAUUAUAGGAUUUAUAGGUACUGAACGCCAGCGUACAAUCUGGAUAAAAAAGUUUUGUGAGGUACGAACACAGAACCCGCGUCCGCCCUUGCUCCGCUGGACGCCCGUGGUAGGGCCACCGCUCCGCCGCGCCGCUCACUCGGCGGAGAAUCGUCCUCGCCCCUUCCGUCGCCACCCGCGUUUACCAGUUACCGCGCCGCGCCGAUCCACGCCGCGCGCCCCUUCUUCCAUCACUCAGUUCGUUUCGUUCACGUUUGUUCGUUCAGUCAGUCAGUCACUCGACGACAGCCACGCGGAGUGGAUGUUAGACGAAUGUUUACACCCGGCAUUCACGCGUACAACUAGGUCAAGUUUUACGGCAAUCAAAUUAGGAUUGAAGAAGGCAGAUUUCAUCUUUGUGCUGUGAAUUAAAGUGAUAAUUGUGACAGUGAUUUUAAAAUAUUCUGAGUGAACUUGAGAACAAGCGGCGUCUUUUGAAGUGUGCGGGAUGCGUGCGUGAGCGCAGCGCAUGACGUGCUACGAGACGUUGAAAGCUCCGGCAUUUGCCGCGGACGCCCCCAUGGCACACCACUUCGUCAAGUGGUGGCGCAACAAGUUUAGAAAUGGAUACAAGAAAUUCAGCAUCGGCGAAAGCGAGCGGACAGACACAGAAGAGCUUGUCGGUCGAGCAGCCUCGCAAUGCUCAGCGCCGCCGGACCUACUGCCGAGCGAGGCACGAGCGCUCUUACAGCCGGCCACGCCGCCGCCGCACCGACAUCACCAAGAUCCAAAACCCCCAACACCUACACCUGUUCAGAGCGAAGACAAACCAAGACUGAGAUUUGAGGAAUUAACAUGUGACGUCGAGCUCCAGCAUCCAGAAUCAUCGAAGCAAAAACCAGUUCAGUUCUCCUUCACUCUCUACGAUCUUGACGGGCACGGACGCAUGACUAAGGAUGAUAUAGCUGGCAUUGUGUCUACGAUAUACGAGUCAAUCGGGAAAUCGGUCACGGUCCCCCACUAUGGCUCUAAGACAAUUCAAGUACGAUUGACAGUCGUACCUGAGGAUGGCAAUGCUCGCAGCCAUAGGGACAGGCGAGAAGGCCGGAGAAGACGUAGAAGAGAGGCCACGACGACGAAUCAACCCGAAGAACAUGAACAAAGCGAGGAAGAGCUCAGAGAGAGAUCUCCAGAUGAUGAUAUUUCAUCAAAAUCGUCGUGUUCAGGUGACCGUAGACCAGUCCAACGGCCACCGCCCCCUCAACCCUCUCGAACUCACCGCUACCACCGCAAGGAACACCGCGAACGCAAACAUACGAAAAAACGCUCUGGCAGUUUACAAAGACGUGAACUGUUUGAAAUCAUCCAGGCUAACAUGGAAAAGAACCACCUGAGUUUUCAGUCCUCGAGAAAGCCCUGUGAAUCCGUUGUCAAUGAGGAAGAGAUAACAAUGAAAUAUCAAAAGCUUCGGAACAGAUCGUACACGAUCAGCGAGAAACCGACGAAAACAUUCCACACUGACAAGUCUGAUAAAUCUGGACAUGGAUAUUUGGACCUGGCGUGCGGAGGCGAUUCCAACUUGUGCCGAUACGAUCGGUAUCUUCAUGCUGUCAUAUGCUCGUCUGCGAGGCAUGCGCACACUGGUUUUCAUCAAAAGCAAGCGCAGACACAAACUCCGCAGUCGCAGCGGGGUCACGCGCACCCUCGAUCCCGCUCCCACGAUCUACCCACCCAAAUGCAAACAUCACAACAACCCAGAGUACUACAGAUAAUAUUUUUAUAGAACUGUGCUAUGGGCGACGACGUUGUCCUCAUAGCUUGUUAAAUGUUUCGUGGAACAAAUGAAUAGUGAGUUACCAAGUGAUGAAGUGGUGAAUAUACUUAUGUGGCUAUAUAUUGUCAAUGAACACAAUAGACAGUAAGGAUAGUUAAUUUACACGAAAAACGGUGUAGUCAAUCAUCAGUAUUUACUAAAGUUGGUGUAUAAUUGUAUGCUCUGCAACUUCAAUAUGUAGUGAAAAGGUAUAAAUUGUAAAAGGAAAAAUCAUCAUAUAAUUCGUAAAAAAUGUAAGACAUGAGGGACAUUUAUACGAAAAGGUGCCUUAAAAAUAGGUGGUAUUCCUAAGCUUUUAUUGCUCUUCGGAGUAAUUUAGUUGCUAGUUAUCAAUGCUCAGUAGAUUAUGUACCUUUAUAAACGACUCAUUUUUGAGUUGACCGACUGAUUUUAGUUUUAAGUGUUAGAUGCUCUAAAGACUAAAGUUUAUUGGAUCGUUAUAAUACGAGUAGGUUUAGACGUUACAUUUCGAGAGCGCGUUUACUUUGCCUAAGAAAGACAAAGUGUAGUGUUAUAGACAAAACGUACGAUACGCGUGAAAUUGUUACGAAUCGUCUAAUAUCAAAAUGACUGUUUGGUACUUAAAGCCUGCGCGUCUCUCGGACAUGCUAGUAAAAUUCAUUUUUGAAUGAGACUUUUUCAUGCUCUAGUUAUGUACUACAAUUACCUGUACCAGUAUUUAUUUUUCUAAGUAAUCAAUGAAUCUCUUCAAAUUGUUGCAUCUUAUCUACCUCCUUUACUUCUUAGUACAUAAAAUCGGAUGAAUCCUAACUUUAGCUUAAGUUAUUUGUGAUAAUUUGGAACUAACAUGUAUUGCAACUUGAACUUACUAGAAUUGAAGUUCUAUAUGAUGUUCAGUUUGUUAAAUUGAAGUGUAUAGUGUACAAAGUGCUCGAUCUUGUCAAAAUAUUUAUUGUGAAAUAUAAAAUAUAACCAUAAAAUGAGAUUUGGAUAACAUAAAAA